CUCCUUUUACGUGCUCUUUCUUCGUUACUUCCUUUCCUUUGCCGCCGAAUCUGCUAUCUUUUUGUUCUAGGUCAAGGUCAGCUGUUCUUGGUCAUCUGCUCGUUGAUCCUAGUUUUGUUCUGUUGUAUACGCUCAUACGAUCAGUUCCAUUCUUGCACUCUCAUCGAUCUAACAACCUCGUAGAAAUCUUCAUCUCCCGAAGGUAAUCUCAUUCGAUGAUUCGAUCUCCGGUCUUCCUGCCGACUACGAAUCUAUAAAUACAUCCUCGAUUUGGGUUUCUCAUCAUUCUGCUUUCUGUUAUGAAUUUUGCUUCUCUGCCUUAAGAACAAAAAAUAUCUCCAUGAAUCGAAUGAGGAAGAUUUGUUAUUUUGUUAGGUCUAUGUUUUUUUUUUUAAAAAAAAAAAAAUCAUAGUAGAGGUUUUAGAGUUUUGAGUUGAUGAGCAAGCUAAAGUUGUUGGAGUACUUGAAUAUUUUUUGACAAUUAAAUCGGGUGUAGUUUCAAUGUUUAGCUGGUGGAACGUGAAUAUAUCAGACAGGCGAAAAGAUUGAUUGAAGAUCGAAAAAAGUUGUUAAGCUUCUAAGGUCUCGAAAUCUUCGUUGCACCAGAAAGUGAAGAGGUUUUUCAUGAUUUCUUGUUGUUUUCUGGAACAAAAAUUCUUAUCAUUUUUCUCAGUAUAUAUUUAUCUGGCAGGUUGAGUUUAAGCGCAUUGUCAUGUCAACUAAUGAUUAUACUACAAUUGUUCCAAUCAAGAAGAGGAGGUUUCCUUCGAUCCAAUCUUCUCCACCCAAAGAAAUAUCUUCUCUUCCACCAGUAGAUGAUAACAUGGUUAAAGUAGAAGAGCCUUGCGUAUCUGAUAGUCCAACAGUUUCAAAUUCCAGUACAAUCACAACUUCUGAAUUUUCAGAAAAGAAGAAGAUUUCAUUUUCCGAGGAUGGAAAUUGGAAAUCUGAUUUAUGCAAUGUCAAUAUGGUCCAAAGCAGUAUAGGACCUUCCCGAGUUGAGUUUAAGAAAAAUGAUGAUUGUUUUACUGGCAGCGUGGGAAAUAAAGAAACAUGUUUGGUGAAUGAAAAUCGUAUGCUUGCUCUGCAAGAGAAGCCCGAGUUAAAGUUACCAUCUUCUGAUCCGGACUCUAACCCUGGAGUUUGUGCUGAAAAGAAAAGUGAUGAGAUUCACAGAAAAGAACUUGAUAAAUGUAAUUCUUCAACUUCUGUGGUAAAAAAAGAAGUUGAAUUAUCUCUCAGUUUGAAGGAACGUCUUGUUCCAGUCUCAGUUCUAGAAGGGAAUAAUUUAGGACCAGUGGUAUUGAACUUAAGUUUAAGCAAGCAAGGAAGUCACACCCAGUGUCUCACUGGUAAUGUCGGGUCUGAUAAUGAUGGUUCUCUUCAGCAGUCAAAUAGGGAAAAUUGGGAUCUAAAUACCUCAAUGGAGUUUUGGGAAGGCUGUGCAAGUGAUGAUCCUCCAGUGCAUGUUCCAGUUGUUCAGACAAACACAACUGUCGCCACAGAUAGAUGCUCAACGGAAAUGGUUAAAACUGAUACUCUGUUUGGAAAACUAACCCACCCUUUAGAUCACAGUGAUCAUCUUCAUCUAAGUCUUUGUUCAUCUGAUCAUAGGCAUGUAAUGAGUCAGGAACAGAGCUCAUUUAUUAAGUUAGAUUUUAGGAAAUCAAGUCCUUCUUUAAGUUCACCAGGAAGAAGUAAGCAGUUUGAUGAUCUUAAUGGCACACUGAAAGUUGUAAAGUCAGAACCAUUUGCUGAGGGUUCCAAACUUGAGUCUAAAAGUGAUGAAGUUAAUGUGCCGGGAGUAUCAGACAAUGCUGUAGUGAAGCGUGGAUUUCUUCAACUUCCCAGUGCUUCAGAUAUUUACAAAUCAAUGAACAUAGUUAAGUCUAAAUCUAUUAAAUCCGAAUCAAUUUAUCAAAGCAAACAGGAAGCACUCAAAACAUUAGGUGGUAGAUUAGAUCUGGUAGAAAAGCAAGUUCUUUCAGAUGUAGAUAAUUCUUGUGCUGUACCAAUGUCUUUUGUGGCAGAGAUGUCUGAAGUGGCUGGAAAUCCUUCUUGUACAACUGAUUUGAUUAUAGACAAAGAUAUGUCAAACCAUUCAGAAUUGCAAACUCCUUCUAAAGAACAUAUUAGUACGAUAAUGCACCAAGGGGGAUCGCAUGGUUGCUGUGGUGAACUUGUCAAGUCAGAAGUGACUGAUAUAAGCGAGGAUACAGGUUCCAAAGAUUCCAGUAGUCCUAUUACAAAACCUAUAGCAAUUCCAUUGGCUGAGAUGUCGAAAACAGCUAAAAAUCCUUCUUGUACAAAUGAUAUGAUUGUAGACAAAGACGUGCCAAACCAUUCAGAGUUGCAAACUCCAACCAGAGGACCUCUUAAUAGGAAAGUGCACCAAGGAGAUGGCUGUGAUGGUGGACUUGUGAAUUCAGAAAUGACAGAUUUAAGCAAGGAUACAUGUUCCAAAGAUUCCAAUAGCUCUGUUAUAAAACCAUUCAUUGUUGAAGAUCAAAAUGAGAAUAAUCCUCAGUGGCAUCCUUUGGAACACAGGAAUAAGCAGUGCUCCAGUUUGCAUGGAUGCGAGGAAUGUUCUGUUAGUGAUGAGGAAAAGAUCAGUUUAUCAGCCGAUUUAUUAGAGGAAGAUCCUUAUAGUUCUGAAUAUGAAUCAGAUGGUAAGCAGGAUGUAAAUGAGGCCAUGGAUGCUGUUGAUAAUGUUAUAGAAGAAGAUUAUGAAGAUGGAGAGGUUCGGGAACCAAUAUUGAUGACUCAAGUAGAAAGCAGUAUAUGUGAGACAAGAGAAGUAAAAAUUUUUGAUCAUGGUGAUUGUAGCAAUGGACUUCCUGGUUCUGAUUGUUCCUCUUUGGUUUCUGUUAAACAGGAAGAUAAAUCAGAAAUUCUUGAUGUUAAAAGAGAAGACAUUCUUCAUUUUGUUACUUCAAAUCAAUCUUCUGAGCAAGAACAUUUGAAAGAGCUACUUGUUGAAGAUAAUACCUCUAAGGUGAGUUUGAACAAGGCCAACAAGGCUAUAAAAGCCACAGGUCCUAGGCAAUUGUUUCAUUGUGAGAAAAUAUUUGCCUUAGAGGACCAGAAAAUUUCUUCCGAGAGAGCCACUACUGGAAUUGAAGAAUCAAUUGCGACAGUUUCUCAGAGUGAUGCAGAGAAUGUUAAAACAGUGGAUUUUGUCCAAAACGAGGAUCUAGCUCUGCCAAAUGUUAAAGAGCCUUUAAAUAAUGAUGAUGUUACUGAUGAUUUUACUCGUGGCAAUCGACAUAGCCAGAUUGUUAAUCCCUGUCAAGCUUCUACUUCAUCUCCUACCAAAACAAGACCGAGUUUGGUGAGGUCGGUUUUAACACAAACUGAUAGAGAACUAAUACCUGACAUGGCGCAUGAUGGAGAAAAAUUACAACCUCAAGGAAGAGAUGACUCGUACAGGGACGUUUUCCCGAAAUUUUAUGUGAAUAGACGUCAGAAUCUAUCACCCCGAACGAAUUUUACUCGUAGAAGAGGAGUUUACAAUGAUCAAAUACCACCAUAUGACGCUCGAAGACGUAAAUACAUGCCUGCCGUUUCUGAUGAAGACAUUGAUCAAAACCAUUAUAAAAUGAAACCCGGUGGUCCAUUUCGUACUGGUGGUCAUCGAGGUAGACAAAUUUUAGACGAUGAAGGCCCCAUUUUUUGUCAUAUACCUUCUAGGAGGAAGUCACCUGGUAGAAGAGAUGGGCCUCCACUACGAGGUGGAGUUAAAAUGGUACACGGAAUGCAUAGAAAUGUCAGUCCAAGUAGAUGCAUUCGUGAACCUGGGUCUGAAUUGAUUGGACCGCGACACGGUGAAAAGUUUAUGAGGACCUUAGAUGAUGAGACAAUGGACCCAAUGUACCAUCCUCAACCUCCAUUUGAAGUAGAUAGGCCUCCUUAUAUCCCAGACCGAAGGAACUUUCCCAUCCAAAGAAAAAGCUUUCCAAGAGUUGAUUCUAAAUCUCCAGGAAGGUCCAGAGGACGCUCUCCUGGCCAAUGGUUUCCAUCCAAAAGAAAGUCCGAGAGAUUCUUCGGACAUCCAGAAAUGGCACGUCGAAGUCCACCGGGUUAUAGGAUGAGAUCCCCUGAUCAGCCUCCUAUCCAUGGAGAUAUGCCAGUUCGAAGACAUGGUUUCCCUUUUCCAUCACUGCCACCCAACGAUUUGAGGGAUAUGGGCUCUGCUCGUGACCAUGGCCAUAUGAGAUCAGGUAUACGAAGUAGGAACCGAACAGAUAGAAUAUCCUUUAGAAAUAGGAGGUUCGAAGAUAUGGAUCCUCGAGAUAGGAUAGAGAGUAACGAAUACUAUGAUGGGCCUAUACAUCCAGGUCAAUUUAAUGAACUGGUCGUUGAUGGUAACGAUGACGACCGAAGAAGGUUUCCUGACAGACAUGAACAUCUUCAUCCAUUCCGACCGCAAUGUAAUGAUUCCGAUGGUGAAAACUAUCAUAACGAUGCAGAUGAAAGGCCUAGGCCUUUCCGAUAUUGUGCAGAGGAUGAAGCCGAGUUUCAUGAAAGAAGUAAGAUGAGAGAGAGGGAAUUCGAUAGACGAUUAAAGAACCAAUCUGAAAAUUUAGGUAGACGAACUGGAGUUAUUGAAGAACAUGAACAAGAAUACAGACAUGGUCGGCAGUUGUGGAAUGAACAUCAUGGCUUUGAAGAAAUCUCACGAAUGAAAAGAAAAAGAUUUUGAAAAUUUCCUUUGCAAUAAUCUCUGCUGGACUCAAGUUUCAAAUUCUAAUUUGCCUCAUUGAGCAAUUCAGAAGCCAGAGCAGCAACCGCCGCUACAAAAUACACUUGAAUCAGUAUAAUCGCCGGCGUAUGGUAAUUGAUGACGCCUUUUCCGGUAGCUAAUUCCACCAGAACCAGAGCCGAUAUUCCGAGUAUCGCAAUCCAUCCAUUGAUCC